CCAUAUUCUCUGCCUUUUCCCAUUCCAAUUCCCACAAUUUCUGUAUCCCAAAUUCUGAUUUCUCCAUGGAUCCUCUGCGGCAGCUUCGAAAUUCCUCCUUAGAACCGGACCCGCAGCUGCCAUCCAUCAAAAUUCACCAUCCAGCCUCUCCUCGCCACCCCUCCGCCGCCACUCCCGUCGCCACCCCCACCCCCACCGCCGGUGCCCGCCGCAAGAUUGGGGUGGCUGUUGACCUUUCCGAAGAGAGUGCAUAUGCUGUUCACUGGGCUGUCCAGCACUACAUUCGCCCCGGCGAUGCUGUCAUUCUUCUCCAUGUCAGCCCUACUUCCGUCCUCUUCGGCGCCGAUUGGGGCUCUAUUGACAUUACUUUGGAUGCCGCCGGUGAUAAUCCUGACGAUGAGGAUGCUGCGAAUUCUGAAAACGGUAACCGCACCGAGCGCUCCAAACGUAAAUUGGAGGAUGAUUUUGACGCCUUCACUGCCUCGAAAGCUGCCGAUAUAGCUAAGCCCUUGAAAGAUGCUCAGAUUCCAUACAAGAUUCACAUAGUSAAGGAUCAUGAUAUGAGAGAGAGGCUGUGUUUGGAAGUGGAGAGAUUGGGACUGAAUGCCCUGAUCAUGGGCAGUCGGGGUUUUGGUGCAGCAAAGCGCGGAAACGACGGCGGGCUCGGGAGCGUGAGCGAUUACUGCGUUCAUCAUUGUGUGUGUCCUGUGGUGGUGGUGCGUUUUCCGGAUGAGAAGGAUGUGAUCGGGAGCGGUGGUGGUUCUGUGGUGCCGAAGGCGAAGGAAGUCGCCGCCCAGAAAAAGUCUGUAACUGAGGAAGCGGAGUCUAAAGCCACAGGUGUUUAGCAGAUAAUAUCCAAAUCAGAGACUGAUUUCCCCACGUGCAAUUUGUGUUGAAAAGCUUGCAUGUGUCAUCCUGAUUAGCUGAGGUGCAAACUGGAUUGUUGUUGUUUUUGAGUCUGAAUUACAGAGCCCCUGUUUUCAGAGACGAAGAAACCACGAAUAAGAAAAUAAUGUCUGAAAGAUUUGAAGUUGAUGUCUGGCCUUUCGUUACGAUGUCAAUAAUAUUUGCUUUCUUCUGCCAUGUUUAUUUMUGUGGUUGCAAAUGCAAAUUACUGAAAUCCUGGAACAAGUUUGAUUUGAUAUGUUGCUUGAUUUUCUCUUUAAUGGUUGAACUGUGAAAUAUACCCACUUCCUUUGUGCCAA